GUCAAUUUAGGAGUUUAGCAAGAGGAACGAAUGAUUGAGGAAGAGGACGGAGACGAACAUCACAAGAGGAAGAGAGAGGCCAAAAUUUUCUGAUUACACAACACUUUAAGUGGAGGGGUGGAAGAGAGCGGAGUUGUCAGUCCAAGCGGACGAGAGGAAUUGAACAAUCGAUCAGCAGUGAAGGAAGUUUUCCUGGCAACAUGUGUGAGCCAUUAGCCUCCAAACCACAGCUUGUGCUCGUAAAACUCGCUUAAACGUGGUAAAAUGUUCACGGGCGUGCUCGCAGGCAAAAAACCUAGCCGCCAAAAGAGAGGACAAGUGACCAAAAGCUUGGUCAGAAGCGGUUUCAUCUGAGUUGACCUUGGACCAUGCGAAGAUCCACAUUCAGCAGCUGGAGCUGAAGGAAGCCAGCAGGAGAUUUGAAACGCAAGGCCCAAGAUGCCUGACCUAGGACUGUAGCUGGAAAAACUCGAGAGCCCUGUGCUCCCUUGGCCCCUGAACCAUUGACCUUCACACUCGCCUCGCUGCUCCGUUUUCCACCCCCCCCCCCCCGCGAUGGCCCGAGUCCCCUUGGAGAUUUGAUGCUGCCUGGGAUGAAGGGAGCGGCUGUUCCCCUGGAAGACAGGGCCCUAUGUUGAAUCCUUGGACUGAGUGUUGGUGCACGGGGAUGCGAUGCUCAUUGUCUUCCCCCCUCCCAAUCGAUGCUUGUGCCUGGCGACCGCUGCCACUCUCAAGCCAGUGACGCCCGCCCCCCAGCGCGUGGGCCUGGUUGUCCCCUGAGGGAGGGGCUGCAAGGGAGGGAAGACCCCGUUUUCGGGCUGGCGACGCAGGACAUGCAGUCGGACGACUUUUUUUUCAGGAAGUUCAAGCGGAACAGCCCCCGACCUUUGCUCUCGGCGGUGAACUUUGAACCCAGGGCCCCCCGGCCAAGCCCGGAGCCCGCAGGGACGACGGUGAGGGCUCGGAUCUCCGAGUGGCCGCCCCGACGGGAGUCGCUGGAGGAUGGGGCUGCGAGGGGCCAGGGCUGCGAGGGGAAAGGGGCCCCGCGGCCAGUCGACCAGGCCGCUGGCCCCGUGGACAACGUCAAGGAGGAGGAGAUGCCGGAGCCCCAGGCCCCACCGGCGGGGGCCAAGGCGGGGGCGCAGGGCCGCAACCCGACCAUACAGCGCAGCAACAGCGAGGUGACCAUCACGGACAGCGGCUGCGGCCAGGGGCCUGAGCAACGGGCCGUGCAUCCCGCCGCCGGCGCCGCCCUCCACCGGGAGUACGGCAGCGCCUCCUCCAUCGAGCGGCAGCAGCCGCGGGCCGGGGAAGGGGAGGGCGAGGCCGGGCGGCCGGGGUCGGAGUUCAGCCCCAGCGCCGCCCGCUUCCAAGACCCCUACCUGCUGCUGGGCCUGUCCGAUCGGCCCGGCACGGAGGAGAAGGCCCCCAAGGGGAGGCCCAAGCCGCUGCCUGAUCCCCCGCCCGCCGAGCCGUCGGUUUUCCGCAAGUUCAAGACGCAGUGGAGCGACCCCGAGAGCCCGAGGUCGCCGCCGGCCCAGGCCACCGCCAACCAGGAGGACCACUGCCAGCCCUGGACCAGCGCCAAGAACCUGGUCCACUACGACGUCCAGAGCAUCCUCUUCGACCUGCGGCGGGCGGUCUGCACCCACGACAGCGCCGGGCGGCGCAAGAACAUCAUCACCGGGGCCUCGGCCGCCUCCCAGCUCCCGGCGCAGGCUGCCUCCCCCAGCAACGGCGGCAGCGCCGAGGAGCCGCAGCACCCACCGGCGGCGCCGGGGGGCGGGGCCGGGGGGGACCCGGGCGACGGCAAAGACACCCAGCUGGUCCUCAGCUGCCCGCACUUCCGCAACGAGGUGGGCGGCGAGGUGGAGCUGCGGGACAGCAGCCGGUGCCCCAACGCGGCCGUGUCGGUGCUGGAGGAGCCCCGGGAGAGCCACCUGGCCCGGCAGGGGACGGCUACUUACUUCAUCGAGCACGCGGACCUGGGCGCCAACUAUUACAGAAAGUAUUUCAGCAGCAAAGAGCAUCAGAACUUCUUUGGGAUGGACGAGAGCCUCGGGCCAGUGGCAGUCAGCCUGAGGCGAGAAGACAAGGACAAGGAUGCAGGGAGCAGCUCACAGUAUAACUACAGGAUCAUUGUCAGGACCACAGAGCUCCGGACACUCCGCGCGUCCAUCCUGGAGGAAUCGUUUCCCUCGUCAAUCCGUCACGGCACGCAGCGGGGGAUCCCUCCGAAGAAGCUUCUGGAAUACGUGGUGCCGGGGCUGAACGUCCAGUGUCUUCGCUUGGCAUCCAACUCCCCGAAGGUUCCGGAAAUGCUCCUGAAACUGGACGAGCAAGGGUUAACCUUCCAGCGCAAGGUGGGGAUCAUGUACUGUAAAGCAGGACAGAGCACAGAGGAAGAGAUGUACAACAACGAAACCGCUGGUCCGGCCUUUGAUGAGUUCCUUGACCUCCUGGGGCAGAGGGUCAAACUGAAAGGCUUCGAGAAAUAUCGAGCUCAGCUGGAUAACAAGACGGACUCCACAGGCACACAUUCGCUCUACACCACGUACCAGGAGUAUGAGAUUAUGUUCCAUGUGUCAACUAUGCUUCCCUAUACUGCCAACAACAGCCAGCAGCUUCUCAGAAAGCGCCACAUUGGCAAUGAUAUUGUCACAAUCGUCUUCCAGGAGCCCACAGCUGACCCAUUCACACCAAAAACCAUCCGUUCCCACUUCCAGCACGUCUUCCUUGUCGUUCAAGUUCACAAUCCCUGCACCGAGAACGUCUCUUACAGUGUUGCGGUGACCCGAUCGAAGGACGUUCCUGAGUUUGGCCCCUUCUUCCAGAAGGGCGUGACCUUCCCCAAGUCGGCCAACUUCCGGGACUUCUUGCUGGCCAAAGUGGUGAAUGCCGAGAACGCGGCGGAGAAGUCUGAGAAGUUCCACGCCAUGGCCACUCGGACGCGGCAGGAGUACCUCAAGGACCUGGCCGACAACUACGUCACCACGGCAGCCCUGGACUCCUCCUCGAGCAAGCUGGCCGCCAUCAUCUCGCUGCCCAGCAAGAAGAGGGAGAAGCUGAAGGCGAGCCGCACCCCCGAGCUGCACAGCGCCGGCGCCCUGGUCUGGAGCGUCACCGCCUACCUCGCCCACGCCCCCAAGGAAGCCGAGUGCAUCCUGGGAAUCUCCAACGAGUUUGUGGUACUGCUCGACCAGAGGCUGCGGAGGGUCGUCUUGAACUGCUCCUGCAGGGACGUGAUUGGCUGGACCUUGUCUCCGGGGACCAUUAUAAUUUAUUACGAGCGAGGCGAGUUCGUGGUGGUUAAGACUUUGGACAGCCAGCCAGACGACAUCGCCGAGAUUGUCCACCGGCUGGAGAUUGUGACCACGGGGUGUGAAACUGAAGACCUGGUCCUCCUCAGGAACAGCGUCCAUCAUCUGGGCUUCCAAGCCAAUGGCGAGGGAAUCGUCACCCAGGUGGAAAAAAAUGGCUACGCGGAGCUGAAGGGGCUGAAGCUGUACAGCCGGCUGAUCAGGAUCUGCGAGACUCCGGUGGUGUUCCUGUCUUACAAGGAGAGGGCUGAGUACCUGAGGAAGGCCAGCCAUGUGAAGAUAACUGUCAUCCCGCCCGACUCCAAGGGCAAGCCCAGAAUGAGCUACUCUGAGCUGUACCGCAAGUCGAUCGAGGAGACCGAGCGGAAGUGUGACCGAGUCACGGACGCGGGCCUGGGGUCUCCCCGUCUGCCCCUGAUGAGGAUGUCCUCGCUCCAGGAAGCCCAACGCGCCAGUCCGCAAGGGGACCAGUGCCUGACCACGCCGAGCUGCUCUCUGGAGAAACCAGCUGUCCGGAGCCAGAGGACCCAGGAGGAUCCCGGCUUUGGAGGCCUGAAGCCUUCGCCCCCUGAUCUCAUCUUAGCUGCCAACUCUCAGCAGCUGCUGCCUUCUGGGAAACCGGAGUCAGAGCCAGGCCACGCCCAGGGCUCCCCCCCUCCCCGGGCCGGCUCGGAGGAGAUCUGCGCCGGCCGCCCGAGCGCCUCUGACCUCGGACCCCUGGAACCCCAGCGAGCUCCCCCGAGCAGGAGCACCGUGCCCAGCUGCCCACCCGCCAGCACCAGCCAAAACCUGCCGCCCUGCCUCGAACCACACGAUGUUGUAAUGGCCGACGACUUGAACACCGAGUGGCAGUCGCUGGCAGAUAUCGCUUCAUAUUGUGAUAGCCUCGCACGUUCCCUUGACAUGGAAGAUGGGGGACCAGUGGAGGAAGCCAGAGCUGACGAGAAUGUAGACUUGUCGGGAACGAGCAGACCCAGUCAAUCUCCGACCCUCCUCAGUGAGAAGGUGGUUCAUUUGGAAGCCAUCGUCAAACAGCUGCAUGAGAAGCUGAUGAAGGAGAAAGAAGACAAGGCAGAGCUGGAGACUGAGGUAGAGCUGCUCCGACAGAAUAACCAGCGUCUGCACCAGGAGUCACAGACCACGGUGUGCCACCUCUUAAAAGUAACUGAAUUGCUAUGCAGAACUGCGCCAAAGCCUUCUUAACCUCCAUGGAGUAGCAGGGAGUGAGGAUUUGCUGGCCCACUGUACUUGAGUGGGAUUUGCCUCCCAAGGAGAGGAAAUUCUCCCUGGCUUUGUUUCCGGAAUCUUCCAGUGCCGGUGUGCCGCUCCGUCAGAAUUCCGUGUGUUCUUUUGUUUUCUCUCUAUUCUUGUCUCCGUCUUUUCUUUUGCUGCGGUUGAAGGAACAUUCCCAGCUCCGUCAACGCUGACCGGACACUGCAAGCGUUUCUCGGGGAGUCUAACCACUGCCCCUCCUGGUUAUUACCCGGUUAAGACGGGGAUCCUUUCUGCAGCCGCUUCAGAGGAACAGGAGUUAGUCAUUCGGCCCGUCUGCUCUGUGCUGCCCCGCUCGAGCCUCCUCCCCACCGCCCCCCCGCCACCCCCCUCCAUCUCACCCCAU